AUGCCCAAGUAUGAAGAGGUCAAUGUGCAUGGCUAUGGAGAGUUUUGUCAGGCUGUGGAAACCAGGAAGGGAAAGGAUAUCUUUGUAUAUUUCUCAGGUGAUAAAGAUGCAGGUGGGAAAAGCUGGUGUCCUGACUGCGUAAAAGCUGAACCCAUUGUGAGGGGGGAAAUGAGCCAUCUUCCUGAGGAUUCUGUUUUCAUCUACUGUCAAGUUGGAGAAAGAGCUUACUGGAAGGAUCCAAGCAAUGACUUCAAGAAGACAUUGAAGCUGACUGGGGUUCCAACCCUUCUGCGAUAUGGCACGCCCCAGAAACUAGUGGAGGAGGAAUGCUUCAAAGCAGACCUUGUGCGGAUGAUGUUCACAGAAGACUGA